ACAACACGACGCACGCGGUCGCAGCAGGCCACGCCACGCGCGAGUUUUCAGUCGUCGUACAGUUUUCGGGUUACAAUAUACAGUGAAAAGAAGCUGAAGGAGACGAAUAGUUCUGUUCUUUGUUGUUGUUGUCGUUGAGAACCGCAUGCGAACGGCACUGAUAUUGGAUAUCGUCGUAAACAGUGCUGUGCAUAGGAAUAGAGAAAGAAAUAGUUUUUUAAUUAAAUACAGUUAACGAAGAUGCGGCUCUGGCGUCCCGAAGCAUGCAGAGACCACUGAGAGAACUCGGCCGACUGUUGGGUAGCUCCAGCGGCAGCGCCUCUGCCGCGUCCAAUAAUAAUAACAACAACAAUACAACCGAUAAUACCGAAGUCGUCGCGACAGAAGCUCAACGGCGAUCGUCGUCAUGCGAAGACUCGACGACCGCACCGGUCGUGACUCCGGCCGGCCUGCCGCUGCUCCAGGUCUGGCCGAGCGACUCGCCCCGAGCCGUGGCCGACGACGACAACGACGAGACCUCGGCCUUCGUCUAUCCAGAGGCUGCGCAGCAAAUACAACAGCAGCAGCAGGACGACAGCGGCAUCGAUUCCAUACAGCGCUUGGCUGUCGCCACGGUGACGAAACUCAAGGCCUCGCCCACGCCGACGGGCGUCGUCUCCACGACGACCUGCGUCGUCGUCAACAACUGCAGCAGUCCCUCGACGACGCCCGGACAGUCGCGCAGGCCGUCGCUGCUGCAUCCGGACCACGCGAGGAUCCACGGCCUGCAUCAUCAUCAUCAUCAUCAUCACGGUGCUGGUGGUCAUCAUCACCAUCAUCAUCAUCAUCAUCAACCCCAUCAUCAUCAUCACCAUCAUCAUCACGAUAAGAACGGCCGAAUGUCACCGGAUCGGGGCUCGAUCUUGGACGGCGGCGAGGCGGAUCCGGCGGAUCGGCCCCCGAGCCCGUCCAGCUCGACCACGAGCAGCCUCAAGUCCAUGCCCAGCUCGGCCGUUACCUCGACCCAUUCGAACGAGCGUCGGCGCAGCAGCAGGUACAGCAUGUUCGACGCCCUGGACCUGGAGUACGCGCUGCUGCGCGCGGCCGCCCGCGGCUCCGUCGGGCCCUACUCGCUCUCGGAGUCGCUGCACAAGCUGACCUUCACCCAGAGCCUGGCGUUUCCCGCACUGGCGCGUGGCCUCGCCACCAAGCAGACCGUCGCCGCCAAGAACGCCAAGCGCUCGCUCCAGCAGCAGCACGGCGAGACGGGCAUGAACGCCUUCGCCAAGGUCGUCACGGCCCUGGUCCUGGUGCUUGUGAGCGUGCUCGUUUUCGGCGUCGUCUACAAGUUCGUGAGGACGUGAGGCUGGCUGCUGGUCUCGCAACAGGCCGAGACCAGCAGCAGCAGCAGCAGCAGCUCCGCCUCGGCUCGGGUGCCACCGAGCCCCAGCGAUUUUCAGCAGCAGAACAGUUAUUACUCGUCCUUCGAGCAAGGACCAAGUUGAAAGAAUAUUGUGAGAUUGCGAUGUGAAAUUUUUAUUUCGAGCAUCUUUUGAAUUAUUCCGGAUUCAAUUUCUUUCCUACGCACCCUGGUGUAUUCGUUCCUGAAUAUCCUCACCCUAUGCGAUAUUGUCUAACGCUUGAACAAAUCGAUUUUUAAAUGCCCAAUAAGACAUUAUUGUGCCUUUAAACUUUUAUCAAAAAAAAUAUAAAUACUUUAUCCAAAAGCGCCUCCGAGAGCGAAGCUAUGAUAAAUUUUUUCAAAUGACUGAAUUUACCCUGUUUAUGCACUGCGAAAUAAAAAGUUCAACGAUCAAUUUGCAAUCGGGUUCUUUAAAAAAAAAGUGGCAAUGUCAAAGAAAUUCGGAACAAAGCAUUAUACGAUGUGUAUGUAUGUAUGUACAUCGUCGAUUUAUUAUCUUGCAAUCUUAUCAAAUUAAAGAAUCGUGUAUAUUCGUUCGAUCAAAAACUCGUUGUAUAUAUAAUUAGUGUCAGUUGAGAAAACUAAAAAUAAAGUAAAGAUUGUGACAGAGCCGAGCGAAACCAAAUAAAACUGAAUAUAAUAAUCGUUAUGUAUACCAAUUGCGAGAACAAAAUAUUUUAUAAAAUUUGUAUUUUCAGUCGUUCAAAAAAAAACUACUAGAUUUUAUAAUUAACGCACCUACGUAUGCAUGUAGCGUUCAGCCGAUAACAAAAGCGCAUCGUUUUCUGAAUUAUAUCUGUGCACUCAGCAAAUGAAAUUUAGCGAAUUGAAACGUCAAUCAUAUCUUCCUCGGUAAGAUAUUCUCUGUAAUUAUGAUAUAAACAUUGAGCAUCGUUCUAUAGCCGUGUAACGUGUGUUCUGAGUGUCUCGUUUUGAACUUAAGUAUUAAGAAGCUGUAAUUAUGUUGCUCGAGUAUAUGGUUUAAUUGUUAGAUGGAACUAUGUGGAUUCAAAAAAUGUAAAUAAUCAUAUUUUUGGAGACUUCUCUUGCAAAAAUCUGAAACUAUAUUAUAUUUUCCUAACUACUCGAAGAUACCUACCGUAAACCUUUGUAUUAAUCGGUGCCAAAUAUUUUUUAAAAACUGAAUAAGAUUUUCAUGAAAUGCAUUUAAAACGUUUGCAUAGAGUAUAUUUUUGAAAAAGUGUUUUCCCUCGUGAAUGUUCAUGCAAGCUGGGCUGUCGAAUGAAUUGUUCCAGAAUUAUGUUUAGCCGAUAAAUUAAAAAAUUUGUAAACUAGAAAAAAUUAACUUAUGAUAUUGUAAUAUGUAAAAAGUUUAAGAAAAAGCAUUGUCAUUGCGAUAAACUGAGUAACUAUUUAACAAUUUUUUUUAUUUAUUGUAUAACUUACAAAUAGUUAAGAAUAAAAAACUAACAAUGAUGUAAAUUUAAUAUACUUGAAGAAAACUAACAUAUUUUGGCUUUUAAAUGUAAUUUUUUUGCAUAAAUGUGAAAAAUAGUUAUAAGUAUGAAACGAAAAAAAUAAAAGGUACAAAUAUA